ACAGCAUUUUAGUCAAGAGGAAUAAUGUAAUUCUCUGCUGUUUCUUGCAGGAUCGCGUGACAUUCAGAAGAAUUAUAUUGAAAAACAACGCAAAGAAGAGGAAGACGUAUGAAUUAUUUAUUGAGUCUGUGCCCCUUCUUAAAUCCUUGGAGGCAUCAGAGCGAAUGAAGAUAGUGGAUGUUAUAGGGGAGAAAGUGUAUCAAGAUGGGGAACGUAUCAUUUCUCAGGGUGAUAAAGCAGAUUGUUUUUACAUUGUAGAAUCUGGUGAAGUAAAAAUCUUGAUUAAAAGCAAGACUAUGACAAGUAAAGAAGCUAACCAAGAAGUGGAGAUUGCCCGGUGUCACAGAGGGCAGUAUUUUGGAGAGCUUGCACUUGUUACCAACAAACCCAGAGCAGCCUCUGCCUAUGCUGUUGGGGAGGUGAAAUGUUUAGUCAUGGAUGUGCAAGCAUUUGAGAGGUUGCUUGGACCCUGCAUGGACAUUAUGAAGAGGAAUAUAACACAUUAUGAGGAGCAGCUGGUGGCAAUGUUUGGCUCUAGCAUGGACCUGUUGGAUCCAGGGAAUUAGGCACAGGGUACCUCAAUGCCUUCUUAGUUCAAGACACAGAAAAGCCUCCUAUCUGCAACACAACUCACAAGGAAAACGGACACUACGGAACAGUUACUGCUGCUGUCUUCUUGGGCAUUUUAGAAACCAUAAACAAGUCUCAGCACAGAUGGAUUGCUCACUCCCUGCCUCCACUUUGCUGCUGAUACUUCAUUAUUAGACCUAGAGUAAAGAUGAUUUUAACCCUAUGUUAAGUUACUUGGUUCAGAAUGGCAUCUGUCCAACAGUUCAAGUGCCUGAUACGAAACCCAAAGUGUGCAAGAUAUAGAAGCCUCCUUCCUCCUGGUGUUACUGUUGGGAUAAAUUUUCAGAUCAGAUUCUGUAGUGGGAGGUUGCCUGUUCUGCAGAGGCAACCUGUGGAAUACAAGCCUUUUACAGGCUUAUUACCUUCAUCUGAUGCUUUCCUUACACAAUGUCAAAUUUGCUUUUAAUUGUAGCAUCUGGGUUUGAA